AUGGAGAAACUGGUGAGAAAUUGUCCAAGUUGUCCAUCAGAGGAAGGACUGCUUUAUCAGCUUUAUCAAGGUUUUCCUCUUCUUUCAAUAUAUCGUUUCUCCUUUACAAUUUUUGUAGGGUUAGCAAUAGUUGAACCACGAGUCCAAAUAAUAAGUCCAAUAAAGAACCAAAUUAUCAAGUCCAACCAGUCCGUCUUAUUUAACUGUACUGUCAGUUUGGAAAAGAAUGUCAGUGGAACAAUUCAGUGGAACAAAGAUGGUUAUUUCAUUCCACCCGCUAAGAAAUCUAAACAUUGGGCAAGUUUUGAAAUUGGUAAGUAUGCAAGUGACUUUUUGAGUAAGAAAGUCAGGAGGGUUUUGGAGACUUUAAUCUGAAGCAGUAACACCUAACAGUGAUUAAAAAAUCUGGGAUAACCUAUUGACCCUUCAACUCUAGGAAAUGAUUAACAUGCAACUUCUCCCUUCAAUGUCCUUACAUUAUACAGCAUCAGGUAAUGAGAACACUCAAACUCAUCACAUAGAAUUUGUUAUCUCAAUCUAACACCUUCGUACUGUAACUAGCAAUAGUUUACAAGGAAAUGUGUGGAAGUUGGAAAGGGGAAUCAACAAUCAGAUCUUGGGAGUUAAAGUGUUAACCAUUUAUAUAUAAAUGGAAAAUAAUUCAGAUUAAACUAAAAACCAAGUUUAGCUACAUCUCUAAUAAAACAAUGUAGCAAUGGGGGACUAUGAAUGAAAUGAAAUUUUUGAUGAUUAGGUGAUAAAAAUGUAGAUAGAAUAGAAUGAUGGAUAGAUAGCUUAUAACAAAAUUGAAAUAACUAAAACUAACAUUUCCCUUGUCUUCUGAGGGUUGAUAUAUUGAUGUUAAUGCUGAUUUUCUUGAAAGGGGGUCUCCAAGCACAUAAUGAAGGAAUUUAUAAGUGCACUUACUUGGAUGGUGAGAGUGAUCAAGUGGGAGUGUGCCUUGCAGGUAAUAUAGUUAACUGAUGCUCAAUGAAUUAACUCCUUUCAUUCCAACAUCAAUCUGCAUAUUCUUUGUAUUGUUCUCUAUUCAUUCCCUAAGGUGCUGAAAAGGAGAAUAUGUCGAGAGCUUUGCAUGUUUGUCAGGUUGGUUCAAGGAAGGACCAACAGAGGAGAGGCCUCUCUAAUACAAUUCACUGUAUUUUGAAAUCUUCCCUGCAUGUAGAAUAAUUUAUCUUGAGCAGAAACCCCAAGAAAACUUCACUUAUCUCUCAUUCUUUGGCAACAGAGAGCUAGCUAUAAUGAAAACAGUAUGAAUUCCAUUCCACUAAUAGAUAUAACAUUUUUAGUUUUGUUGUUGUAACUUACAGAAAAACCACAGGUGUGGCCUCUUUACCACACCAGUCCAAGAAAUGUUCAUUUGGAUGAUGACCCCACACUGAGCUGUUUUGCUAUGGGAUGUCCAACACCAGACAUCAUUUGGUUUAAAGAUAAUUUACCAUUAACUGCACCAGGCAAAGAACAUCACUUUUCCAUUGACACCAAGACACCCCAGAUUGGAAAUCGUACAUCAGACUUGACGAUAAAGGAAGUUCAAUUUGAUGAUAAAGGGGACUAUGUUUGUGCAGCUCAUAAUGCUCUUGGAAGUUACAACUACACAAUAUCACUUUAUGUUACAGGUAAUGCUGUAUUAUAUUUACUAAUGAUGCUGGGAUCAGUUAUGUGUUUCACAUCUAUGCCAGUUGCAAAAUAAUUGUUAAAAAUUUAAAAAUAUGAUGUUAAAUACAAAGCAAAGAAUGGAGAUAGAAACAAGUGGAAACUUAAAUCCAAGCUAGGUGUCUACAAUUUGCCCUUAUGAAUUUUGGACAGCUAGUGCUGCUGCAUCACUUAACAUUUAUUUUACAAACUUUUAUGCUGUACUUCAACCCACAACAGCACAAAUUAAUAAUUGUAACUUAUUUUUUCAUUAUUUUAUAUUAUUCUGUAAGAGCUGAACCAAAUACUUUCUCUCCACUUACUGCUUAACCUUAAUUAUUUGAUUUUGCAGAAAAUAAGAAAGGAUAUCUUCCCACAAUAGAAGCAGAGAAACUGAAGUACACUGCUAAAGUUGCUACCGAUGUAACCCUCUUUUGUGUGGGUGAAGACGUCAAAAAUGUCUUUAGCACCUUUGUUUUUUGGAAAUUCAAAGGAGAAACACUCUUAAAUUCUAGUAAACACUACACAGUAAAUGAUUUUUACACCCAUCAGACAGGGAGUACACCUAAAGUACGAACAGCACUCACCUUGUUAAACUUGAGCUAUGAGGAUAGUGGAAAUUACUCUUGUGUGGUGAAAUAUGGACGUGGCAUUGAAAGUGAUACAGUUAUACUUGAGGUGGUUCCAAGAGGUAUGAAACCAUUUUGUUAUAUAAUGAAUUAAAUAGGAUAAUGUGAUUGACUUGGGUGUGGCACCUCCAAAGAACUGUUUUGCCAAUCAUGACUGAUGUUUGAUCAAUAUUUGACCAUGCCUUUUGAUUGAUUGUAUUUUUUUCCCAUGGUUAGUGGCACAAGUGGCAUUUGACACAUUAACCCUCACCCUUAAAAAUAGUACUUCUUUUAAAAUUUACUUUGUGCUACUUUUGAGAGAACCUAAGCUUACAAGCCAUAAUGGAUUUUAUUUUGUUUCCUUGCUCUUAAUCUGGUAUUUUUUUCUUUACCAAUUGUUACAUUUUACAUGUAAUGGCAAAUGGAAUAAAUAAGUUUUGUACUGAUCAGUGAUGGUACACUGAAAAUGAUAGCUGCAGGAUAGGAAUUCAGGAAGCCACCACCUAAGCUCACCCCCUUUCCCCCCCCCCACCCAUACCCCAUCCCCUUCCCCUACCCCCUCCUUCUUUGCCCUACCCCCUCCCCCCUCCCCCCUUUUACCUUAAGGUCUGCAUCCACUGCUUUAUGAAUUAAAAUAUUUUUGUUUACAUCAGAAUGCUUGAUAAACACUAAUUUUUGUUUCAAACCAAAAAUUGAGAUAUUUGGGUGUAAAAAGCUAUGAGUGAAAUAAGGUAGCUAGGCCAUUUGAUUAUUUAUUUAUUUUGUAACAUUUUUACAACAUUUGAAAGAACUGCAGUGGUUAGUAAUCAUUCAUUACUUUUUAAUCUCCAGAUGGCAAGAUGAAACUAUGGUUGAUUAUUGUCAUUUCUCUUGUGGUGUUUUUGGCACUGGCUCUUGUGGUUUUAAUCUUUGUUUUGUGGUGUAAGAAAAGACACUGGCAGAAAAUGAAAGCUGCUGCUGAAAAAUGUAAGCAACUCCAUUUUGAUGAUAAAAACACAUAGCACAAGGGCAUAUUAUACUGCAAGUCAUCAGGGGCACAGUGAAUAUGACAAUUAUUCCCUCUUUCCUUGUGCAAUCCCUAGCUUAGGGGAGUAGAAAAAAUAUCCUGGCCUUUGAUGAACUCAGGCAAGUAAAGUAUUUGGUAAAGAGCUCUGAGUUAAAGUUGUGCAUAUACACUUUUAGGGAAAUUCUAUUGACUGGCGCCGUGGUUUUUUUUUUUUUCGUAAAAAAGGCACUACUUACAACUGACAUUUGUGAAGAGAUGUUUCUCUCUUCUUUGCGGCAGGGAUUUGUUGGUCCCCUUUAGCACUCUCUCUCUCUCUCUUUUUUAUUUUGGGGGGGGGGAUACUCUGUUUUGCACAAGCCAUGUAAUGUGCCCAUGACUCCCCUCAACGUGGAAUUGUUGCCAGGUGUACCUCGUUUUAAAGGUUAUCAGCAUGGCUCAAAGUGCCCUUAGAUGUAUCAAAAUUAGCAUGCUACUUUUGAAAAAACCAUUCUGCAUCAGCGCUCCCGUCUUCGCUGGAAAUCUCCAUGGAAUAAUCACGACCAGUCAUGAAUUGCAAACUGUGAUGACGAUGGUAUAGCAUUUGGCUUUGAAUCGUGGACCACUGAAAAUUUCAAGUAACGUGCGAGAUUCGUAUCACGUCAUUCCCAGAAUGCCAGUUCCCUUUUCGUUUGUCUGAGAAUUGAUUGUAGAGUCUAGACUUGAUAUUAUUUCUGUUAGUUUUUCUUAUGGAAAAUCCCUUAUGGUAUAUUUUGAGUUUUUUGGUUGAGUUACAAUUUUGCUCACUUUUUUUUUCACAGAUGAUAAUGAGGAUGGCUUCUUCACAAAGGACGUGUUCAUUUCGUACAGUGGCAAAGAUUACGAUUGGGUAAAAGAACAUUUGAUGCCGCUGCUAGAUCACAAUCAAAUCGAUUAUAUAAUUCAUUCGCGCGAUUUUGAGCCAGGGAAAGCAUGGAUCGAGAACAUGGCUGACAGUGUCUAUAACAGCAGAAAAGUGAUGUUGAUCAUGUCCGCGAACUACUUAGCCAGCGGAUUCUGCAAGGAUGAGAUGUACAUGGCCACUCACCGAGAGUCGGCGAGGAACGAUGCUUCAUUAAUUGUUGUGCGCAUUGACCCCAACAUCAAAACCGCUGACCUACCAAAGAUCCUACGGCACCGCACCUUCAUCGACGUGACCAGUCAAGAGGAAGUCACCACUUGGAAGGGGAGGAUUCUAGAGUACGUGCGCUCAGAUAGUAGACCUGUACCCCUUCCCCGGUCUGCAAUCGAAAGCGUUACGUCAAACGAAAGCAUGCAAUUUUCAGAAACGAGGACUCUUCUCUCUAUUUUUAAGUUGAAGAAGAAAAAAAGGGUGCAGAAAAAUCUGAGUAAUGUUGAACGAGAGCUUUCUCAUCAAGUUUGAUGAUGACGUUGAUUCACGUCAUUGUUUGGCAGAGCUUUGUAGCCUCGUUAGGGUAGUUUCGUCAGGUAUAUCGCCCGAUACUCGACCAUACUUGAUCAACGGUCAGUCAAGAUUUUUGCAAAAUAUCGAUAUGCAAUCGGUAUCGAUCGAUGCAAUUGUCGACUUUCGACCGACAAUUGAGCUAUUAUCGACUAAGUAUCGAGCGACACAUCGGAUGAAACAACCCUAGCGAAAAAUUAUCCGAUCAAAGGUCAGUGUCCAUCAUUUCGCCAUCAUACGGUAAAAAAAAAUCCCGUCAAGCAUGAAUUGAAGUUUUUAGAUCUCUUUAGCAUGGACUUCGAUCAUUGAUGUAGCAUGAGGUCCUUUAGUUAAAACUGUACUGUGCAGUAUAAAUUCAGGCAAGAUUUGCGCGCGCUCAUGGGUGUGAAGGGUUUUCUUGGAUAAGGUUCAAUGGUUUCCUCGUUUUAAUACUCUAAGUCUAUUUGUAAUUUAAUCCUUAAAAGUUUUAUUGGGGGUAUUUGACUUUGACUGUUUUGACUGAGCGUCAUUUUUUGAAAAAUCUCAACGUUGUUUCUCAAAGUAGGUAUGUCUGGAUGAUGCCGACCAGGUUUUGCUCAGAAGUUAUCAUUCGAAUUUCGUUGUCGGUUUUUUGUUCUUCUUUUGUUGACGCAAACUAUAGUUUGUUUUUAUGACGCGAAUUGUCCAGUAGGGGUGCAGAUGGGGCUACCACGCCCAGUAAAACUAAACAUAUCUAAUGUUAAAUCUUAGAAGAAGUUAGCAGGAAGAGACGUUGUAGCAGAAGUGUUUGAAGUUAGUAGCGGCUUGUUAGAAGACGUAGACUUCGUGGUGUCUUCCCUUGACCUUGGUAUGCUCGCCUUUUCCCCAAAACAACAUUGCAACACACACGAGAAAUGGUGACGCUUCCUUUCUUCCUUCCUUCCUAGUCAGUAUGAUAAUCUAGUACCCAACCCGUGGAGAAAUCUGGGAUUAUUCAUUCCAAUUGACUCCUCCUAAAUCCUCUCGAGGCCUGAUCAGGUGGUGUUAGGAAUGCGGCGCAGGAGAUAAAAGCGUGUAAGCCACGUACAAUUGGUUUUGCUUGUACGUAACUGCUUGAAAAGCAGUUUGUGAGUAUACUGGUAGAAAAAGGGAAACGAUCGUUUACCAGUUCUGAAUGUUCAACAAAUUCAGCCAAUGUUUCUCGCUUUAUGAUUUUUUUUCUGUCAUUACUAAUAAUAUUUAAAAUAGUAUACUGUUUUGUAUACUUUGAGGAAAAUGUUUGACCUUUUCCUUUGCUAUUUAAUUUAUAUGGUUAAUAGAUUAUUUAAAUGCAGUCAAAAUUGCUCUGGCAUGUUAUUACUGACCUACUGGUCAACUGACACUAGUUUUUGAGUCCCAGGUUUUAGAGUAGUCGAAAUGGAAUGUCUAGCUCGUUAUCUGAUUGUAGAUAAUUCUUGCUUUGUACUGGAUAUCCAUAGAC